AUGCGAACUCCUCAAGGAAUGUCAGCUGCGAGAAUCAAAAGCUUCACGACUGAAAAUGUUUCGAAAUUUUUCGACCUUUAUAAGCCACAAUAUAACAAACUACGGGAGCCGUUCCAUAGGGUAUUUAUCGUCGACGAAACUGGAAUUACCGUGGUUCAGCAUAAAUACAGUAAAGUUAUAUCUCUGAAAGGAAAAAGACAAGUUUCGUCAUUAAUUUCAGCAGAACGGGGCAAAUUGAUUACUGUUAUUACAUGCAUGAAUGCUGCAGAUGUAUACAUUCCACCACUACUAAUUUUUCCAAGGAAAAAUAUGAAGGCAGAGUUGAUGUUAGGAGCCCCAACUGAAGCAAUAGCAGAGUGCCAUAUAUCGGGCUGGGUACAAGCAGAAAUUUUUACAAAAUGGUUCAAGCAUUUUAUAAAGUUCACCAAACCUAGUGCCUCCGAUCCUGUUUUACUCGUACUAGAUGGACACUGUUCGCAUACGAGAAAUAUUGAGCUGAUAGAGUUGGCAAAAGAAAAUUAUGUAACAAUAAUAUGCCUCCCACCUCAUUCAACAAAUAAAAUGCAGCCUUUAGAUGUGGCUUUUAUGUUCCCGUUAAAAACUUAUUACGCACAAGAGAUAGAGAACUGGCUGAGGGAAAACCAAUUGAGUACUGUUUCACCAUAUGCAGUUGCUGGUAUUUUUUGCAAAGCGUACAACAGAGCUGCUACAAUGGAGGCAUCAUGCAAUGGGUUUAGAAAAACCGGAUUGGUGCCCCUUAACCGACAUGUUUUUAGAGACAGCGAUUUUGGUGUCCAUCAAACAGAAGAUCAACCACCAGUUGAGGUUACAGAUUAUUCAGAAGCACAGGGUGGAUGCAAUGGAAACGAAGAGCAACUGAGUGACAAUGCAGAUACUGCACUUAACCUUAAGGAAAGAACCAAGCAAGUUAACAAUUCAUGCGCUGAUGCCCCUCCCAACGAUGACAUUGAAAGUAUUCCUGCAAAUAUCCCAGAACCAUUUAGAGAGUAG